AUGUCAGGAACAGUACAGAUAUCCCCCAAAUGUCAGGACAGUUACAGAUAUCCCCCAAAUGUCAGAACAAAGUACAGAUAUCCCCCCAAAUGUCAGGACAGUACAGAUAUCCAAUCCCCAAAUGUCAGGACAGUACAGAUAUCCCCCAAAUGUCAGGACGGUACAGAUAUCCCCCAAAUGUCAGAACAGUACAGAUAUCUCCCCAAAUGUCAGAACAGUACAGAUAUCCCCCAAAUGUCAGGGACAGUACAGAUAUCCCCCCAAAUGUCAGAACAGUACAGAUAUCCCCAAAUGUCAGGACAGUACAGAAUGUCAAUGUCAGGACAGUACAGAUAUCCCCCAAAUGUCAGGACGGUACAGAUAUUCCCCCAAAUGUCAGGA